AUGGAUAACAAAAAGAAGAAAUAAAAGUAAAAUAAUAUAAAUUGUGGAUUUUAUUCUGAAACCUUCAGCAUAUAAAUCUCACAUUCAUAAGAAUAAGUCAAGGAAGCUGUGCUUAUUGAGGGAAACCUUGUUAGUGGCCCUUCUAUUUUUAUUGUUUUCUUUGAUAAAAAAUUCUACCAUAUAUCGCUUAAGUCGAAAUAAAUUUUAAGUAUUGGAGAAAUUGUUGCUGAAAACUCAUUUUAAAACUUUAAGUCAGUUAUAUUAAAUAAUAAGUAAUACAUAGGUUUUACUACUCAAUAUGAACUUCAUCUUUUAGAUUUAGAAUCAAAAUAGCUUUUAUAAAAUAAUUUUCGUAUUAAAAUUCCUGGAAGUAAUAAUGAACUAAAUGAUGAACAAAAGUAAAGCUUGAUGCAGGAUGGAUUUAUGUAUGAAGCAUUCAAUAAAUUAAAUAUUAUAGCCACUUGUGAAGUAAUGGGAGUAACAAAUUUACCCUCUGAUGAUAAAAAUGUAUUUUAUUGUUGCAUAUACAAUUUUUAUGAGAAUGAAAAAACAUAUAUGUUUCAUAUGGAAACAAAAAGUAAAUAAGUUUUGUUUUGUAAAUUAAACGAUUCGGAUACAUUUGCAGUUUUUGAAAAUCACAGAUAAUUUUCGAAAUAAGAAAAUGUUGAAUUAGUUUUACACACUUAUAAUGUAUCAAAAAGCAAGAUAUAUGGUUAUAAGAAGAUUAAGCUACCUAUUAAAGAGGAUAGUUGUAUACUUUCUGCAAGAUAUAUUGAUAAAGAAUAUAGUUAAAUAAUAAUUAUUGGCAAUGGUAAAUGUGCUCCUUUCCUAAAGGUCUUCUCCCUCUCACAAGAUUAGGAGCCAAAAGUGCAGUUAUUAACUGAUCUGAUUCUGAAUAGAUCCUUUGAUCAGCUUAUAAGUAAAGUUUUGCUAAUAAACGAAAAAUACAUUUUUUACGAAACAGUAUAAGAAGGAGGAGUGUAUUUUGAAUUUUUAGAGUAUAACACAAGAAAGAUUAAAUAUAGAAAGUAAAUUCAAUAUUAAAAAAAUAAAUACUUAGAAGACAAAGAAAAAUAAAUGACAAAAGAUGAAUUUAGCUAAAUGUAAAAAUAUCCAAACGAUUAAGUUUAUAUUUAGAAUGUUCAGUGUUAUAGUGAAAAUAUUUUGGUACUUUUGGAUGAUUAAGAUUUUGAAAAUUAUUAUGGAUAAUUGCCAUAUCAGCUUUUAAUAAAUUAUCAUAAGUAUUGUUCAUUAUAAACUCUUUUGUUAUAUCUGAUGAAAAAAAAGGAUUUAAUUUUAGAUUAUAGUGAAUACGAUAUAAAAAAUUGCAUAGAUAUGCUUUUAAAAGAUGAUAAUUAGUGA